UUUCUCCCACAAAAUUCCUUCCCACACACAUGCACACAUAUACCUAUCUAUAUAAUAAUACUAAGGCAAAGGGAUUUGAGAAUGAUUUAUUUGCUCUCACAAAAUUCCUUCUCUUCCUUUUUUUCUCUCUUUGUCCCUAGCACUAAACAAAGACACACUUUAUUCCAUUUCAAACACACACAUAACUUUCUAUAUAUCUUUACAAAGCCUUCACAAAUCAUUGAGGAAUGAACACAUCCACUUCUGAUUGCACCAGCGGCUGCGAAUCCGGGUGGACUACCUACUUGGUUCAUCCCUCCAACUCGACAAAUCCGUACACACACUACACGGACCACCAAGGCAAAGGAGCCAACACGCAUGAUCAAGAAGAUGAAGAUGAAGAUGAAGAUGAAGAUGAAGAUGAAGAUGAAGAUGAAGAUGAAGAUGAAAAUGACAAAGAUGAAGAAGACCUUUCAAUGGUCUCGGAUGCCUCAUCGGGGCCUCCACAUUUCCCGCCCCCGCCUCAGCAAGACAAAAGGCAGAAAAGUAAACCAAAAGAGACAAAGUUGAAGAAGAACAAGAAGCAACAUAGCUUGUGCUUUGAUGACACUGCCAGCUCUCAUUUCUUGCAGGAAGAGAUCAAGAUGCCAAAAAAGAAAAUAGGAUUCUUGAAAUUAUCAGACAGUUCGCUGGGAAGAAAAAGGCAGUAACUAAGAAAUUUGUUUCUAUCUCUAUCUGUCUAUUUUGUUCUUCAAUUUCUGAAGAAAUUCUAUUUCUCCUCUUAUUUAUUUAUUUCCUUAAAGGAGAAAAAUGUAACAAAAUAUUAUUCUAUGAUUUCUAGUAUUAUGAUUUCUAGUAA